AUGAUGGUUUCUACUGCACCGAUGCUUUGGAUAGGCCUAUACGCUGCUAUAGCAUCUCUAAUAUGGACUCUUGCACUUUUGGCUGAUGCAGCGAUCUCCAUUCGCCAUAGAAAAUUAUGGUUCCCCUGCAGAUAUUCUGCUCUCAAUGCUGCUUCCUUGACUGUGUUAGCCGUCGCAGUGAAGUUGUCAAUGGAUCUAACUACCCCGAUGAAAAGCACUCUUGAUCAAACCGCUAAAACUACUAGUACUGCUUUCUUGUGUGUUUCAACCACUCAUUUCAUGCCUUCUCUGGGAUCCAUGAGGGACGGAGAAAUAUUAGUGAACUUGACGGCAUUGGGUAUCCUUAUAGUGACGCUUACCGUAAAUGUUAUCAUCCAAAAAUUCACAGGCGUGAUUGAAGAUGAUUUCCAAGGGGUGAAUAUGGUGAUUGCCCUUAUGAAUGUUUAUGCAUUCAUUGUAUUGAGUUCUUCAGCUUUAACGGUAUUUACAAGUAAAAGAUAUUUGGAACAUAAGUACAACGAAUUGCAAACAAAAAUUCCGGUGGAGGAACCACAAGGAGACGAAUUAAUGGACUUUGACUGGUUAAAGUCACGCGUGAAGAAGUAUUGGGUGAUGGCAGAAGCAGGUAACCCUCAGUUUAAUAUGGCACGAUCUGAGGCCAGCGGUGUUUUAUUCGCGAUCUGCGUCAUUAGUAAUACCUUUUAUCGAUCAGUAUAG